CAUUUAACUGCGCAUAUUAUUCCUUCCAACCAUACUCUAUAUCACAAAUUUACCGCUAACCUCUGUCUAUGCUCUGAGAUCAAUCUGAAGAGAACAAAUUACCUCCUUUCGCUCAUCAUGAACACGUCGGACGAAUCCAAGCUGUUCCAAACGGACGCACAGCUAGCUCAAAAGGAAGCACAAUCCCGCAAGGCCGUGUUGACCAAGACGAUCGGGUCGCCCAUCCAACUGGCGAGCAGGGCAAUCAAGUUGAGGGUACGAGGGCAGGAUGCGUGGGUCGCAGAGAGCGGAUGGGUCGUACGGCGGGUCUGUCUUCAUACAGGCAAGACGAAACGGGUCUAUAAAGGUCAUCAGGGACCAUGCACCUCGUUGGACUUUUACCAGGUGACGACGGGCACGAGUAAACGGGACCUCAUGGUGACAGGAUCAUGGGACAAGACGAUCAAAGUUUGGGACGUCGAGAGCGGCGAGAUGCUCAGCUCUACCCCCGCACAUACGGAUUUCGUCAAAUCCCUCCUCGUCAUUCCUCAACUCGACAUACUCCUCUCCGGCUCGUCCGACAAGACGAUCGCCAUCUGGUCGCUCUCCUCCCUGAGUUCCGACGCUUCCCCGAACCUCCCUCUGACCCGGUUGGACCAGCUCAAAUCGCAUACCAGACCCGUGGAUUCGUUUGCCUUGUCGCAUAUCGAUGCCGAGGGACGUGCGACGGUGUACGCUGGGGAUUCUAUGGGCGUGAUCAGGACCUGGCUGUUCCGACGAGCUACCGGCUCUUCCAACGCCGAUGCCAACAAAGUUCAAGUCACACAAGGUCCCGAUCUCCCUGGACAUCAUACCAGCAUUACUCGGCUCAUCAUGGACGGGGAUCAAGGUCUCAUCUCCUGUUCCAUGGAUUCUCAAGUCCUCUACCAUCCGCUCGACCAGAACCAGGACCAAACCGGGAAGGAAGCGACCGUCAGGCCGGCAUUAUCCAUCCCCAACCCUCUUUACCCAGAGACAACUCCCGUCCGGUCGUUAUUGCUCUUACCUUCGACAUUCCACCCCUCACAUCUCCUCCUCUGCGGCGCCGCUGACCAAGAUAUCAGGGUGUACGACCUCUCCUCUACCUUGGAAUCCGCUAGUCGGUCUAGCCACACUCAUACCGCCGGAGAAGGUCGGGCGAAGGAGGUCUCCCGGAUAAAGGGACACUGGGCCGACGUGAUUGACCUGGACGUCUGGGUGAAAGAGGUCGAGGGGGGUAAGAAGGAAGCUUGGGUGGUCAGCGCUAGUCUGGAUGAGACGUUGAGGAGGUGGAGUAUGCAAGAUGUCCUCAAUCCACCUCCGAUCCCACGGGAAGAAGUCGUCGAGAAGAAAGAGAGUGUGAUGACGGCGGAAGAGGAGAGGGAAUUGGCAGAGCUGAUGGACAGCGAUAUCGAAGAUGACGUGUAGCAGUAAGAGCUAACAGUCGCAGUAACCAGGUAG